AUAAUGGAUAAUGUACUUGUCCAAUAUUUAUUGCGAUGUUAGUGCUAGCGGCAGAACAGUGUUGCCUGUUAGUUCUGUAGUGUGCAAGUUGAAGCUAAUUAAUAUAGCAUUAACAAAAUGGAAAAACCUUCGGCUUCAGUGUACGUAGGGUGCAUGAAUGUGAUGAAUACCGUCACACAUGUGUUGAUGGGUGGAGCUGGUUUCUUUGGAAUUGCUAUAGGAGAGAUGGGCUUCCUAAGGAAAUUUUCAGCUCACACCUUUUUAUCAGUUAUUGGGCUCACAAUACUUUGCAGUCAAGCGAUAUUGUUAGUUAACCCCUACAGGGGGUCCAAGGACAGUCUCAAGUACUCUAAGAAGACAAAAACAUAUUGGAUAGUUCAAAUAGUUGGUUGUUCCCUGGUAUUCAUCGGAGCUUGUCUAGGGAUAAGCUUGGUGGCUGACUUCCAGAAACACUUUUCGUCCCCUCAUGGAGUUAUGGGUUUCUUAGUGAUGCUUUUGGUUUCCGUGAAAUUGGUUGGAGCUAUUGCGAACUUAAUAUUAGGAGAAAGAUUAAAUAGUUUGAUGAAGACUUUGGAUGUUAUUGUAGCAAUUGUCACUAUUAUAAUUGCGUAUAUAGCAAUCAGCAUUAAGUAUGGCGAUUUUAACGUUAUUGGUAAUUUCGGUUCGUCAGGUUGGGCUAUUACUUUUGCAGUCUUAACAAUGGUUUCAUUGUUGUUCAUGACAGGCGCCCGCGUAUUUUACACUGGCAGUAUUAACUUUGAAUAAUUGUCAAGUUUUCAAACUAUAUUAUAUUUUAUUAUAAUUAUGUAAGUUUGGGACAGCCAUGCUUCGGCCCAAAUGGGUCGACCCGACUGGAGUGAUACCACGGCCUCGCAGAAAACCCGGCGUUGUGUUUCGCUCUGUGAGUAAGGUUACCGAAGGCCCAAUCCUUCACUUCCCCCAUCCCAAUAUGUCCAAAUCCCUAAUCCCAAUAAGGUCGUACGUACGUAACUCUUCCGAUGUUUCGGGUGUCUAUAGGUGGCGCUGAUUGCUUACCAUCAGGUAAUCCCUACGUACGUCGUUCUAUCACAAAAAAUAUCCCAAAUUUAAUUAAUAAACCAAACAUUAACUUAAUUAUAUAGACAUUAAUUUAUUUUGUAAGAGACCA